GUUUGUUUGAGGCUGUUGGAUGUUUUUGUGAGUAUAAUGGCAGACUGGUGCUACUCCUCCCACUGGAACCAAUCAGUGGCAGGGCUGAAAGUCGCCGCUAUAUAAAGCUCUGCAGUCAGACAUAACUUGUAUUAAGAACAGGUAAAGUCUUACAGGAGACUUUCGGACACAUUUCAAAGCCUCACCUGCUGUCAUGGCAGCAAUUUUACUGAACUGUAUGGGGAAUGACCACAAUGACUAUAUCCAACCAAUAGUCAAAGUGAAAAAUCCCAACUUGGACACCAUGGAGGAGGAUAUCCUCUACCACUUCAGCUUGGGCACCAAGACUCACAACCUUCCAGAAAUGUUUGGAGACAUUAAGUUUGUGUGUGUUGGAGGCAGUGCAAAUCGAAUGAAGGCUUUUGCCCAGUUUAUCCACAAGGAGCUGGAACUACCUGGAAACCAAGAGGAAAUCAUAGACAUCUGUGAGGGAACUGAUCGUUACUGCAUGUACAAAGUGGGACCUGUGCUUUCUAUAAGUCACGGCAUGGGUGUCCCUUCCAUUUCCAUCAUGCUGCAUGAGCUCAUCAAACUGCUGCACCACGCUCUGUGUCGUGAUGUGGUCUUGUUUCGUCUUGGAACAUCUGGUGGAAUUGGUCUGGCUCCAGGGACAGUGGUUGUCACGGCUAAAGCCGUAGACUACUCCUUCCUCCCCAAGUUCGAGCAGGUGGUUCUUGGCAAAGUCAUCACCAGGAGCACUGAGCUGGACGAGGGAGUGGCCAAUGAGCUCCUGCAGUGCUCCACCGAGCUUCAAAACUUUCCAACAGUGAUUGGAAACACCUUGUGCACCCAUGACUUCUAUGAAGGUCAAGGACGCCUUGACGGAGCGCUCUGCUCCUUCUCUCAUGAGGAAAAACUGGAGUAUCUGAGGAAAGCUUACGAUGCCGGAGUGAGGAAUAUUGAAAUGGAGUCCACAGUAUUUGCUGCAAUGUGCCGCGUCUGUGACCUGAAAGCGGCUGUGGUCUGUGUUGCAUUGCUGAACCGAUUUGACGGAGACCAGAUCACCUCCUCUCAUGAAGUCCUGGUCGAGUACCAGCAGAGACCUCAGGUCCUGGUGUCCCACUUUAUCAAGAAACGCAUGGGACUAAUUGUCUAAAAACCCUAACCCAACACCAGCCUCCCAAAUACAGUGUAUAUAGCUGAUAUGUGUAUAUGUAUAUAUUGAACUUGUUAAUAUGUGUCUUAGACACUUAUAUAUAAUAUAUCUGUAUGAUUUCAAUUAUAAAGCUUAAAUGUGAAGUAUUUUCCUUGUGUAUAGUAUCUAUUGUGUCUUUUAAUAUUUGAUGCUCUGGUAUUUAUGUAUGGUUACAAUAAUUUUCUAAAACAUGUGUUCUAUAUGUUUAUUUUAAAUACUUGACUUGUAAAAAAACAACUUUAAGAGAAAUUGUUAGCCUCCAUUAGAGGUUUGCAUCGGUUUGUCCUCUUGUUGGAUAGGCUUAUAAUACAAUAAGAUGAAUUUAACUUUCCUAAAAUGUAUUUCCAUGAUGAAUGUGCUAUCAGAGGACCAGAGAAACAGAUCAUAUAUAAUUACUCCUGCCACAGAAGCAUGUAAAUGCAAAUGCAAACAUCCUGAGAGUAACAUAAGCGGUCAAUAAAUAUUGAUAAAUGUGCAGAGGUCAUUUUUAUUUGUUAAAGUUACAUGUUUAUCAUCAAUCAGUGAUACUGUAUGAUAUUGUAUUUCCCAUGAGAGGCUGUAGAGUUCAAUAAAUACAAAGGCAACAACAA